AUGGAAACAGAUGAGGCUCAAGAUAUGUCCCAGGUUUCAGGAAAGGAAAGUCCUCCAAUUAGUGAUGUCCCAGAUGAUGCGGAUGAACCUAUGCCUGUACCAGAGGACCUUUCAACUAGUACUGGAGGACAACAGAGUGCUAAGAAUGAGAGAGUCUUGGCCGGUAAUAUUAAAAUAGAGACUCAGAGUGAUGAAGAGAAUGGGCGUGCCUGUGAAAUGAAUGGGGAAGAAUGUGCAGAGGAUUUACGAAUGCUUGAUACCUCGGGAGAGAAAAUGAAUGGCUCACACAAUGGCCCAGGCAGCAAGGCUAUGUCAGGAGUUGGAGGCAUUCGACUUCCUAACGGAAAGCUAAAAUGUGAUAUCUGUGGGAUAAUUUGCAUCGGUCCCAAUGUGCUCAUGGUUCACAAACGAAGCCACACUGGAGAACGCCCUUUCCAGUGCAAUCAGUGCGGAGCCUCCUUUACACAGAAGGGCAACCUUCUGCGCCACAUAAAGUUGCACUCGGGUGAAAAGCCCUUCAAGUGUCACCUGUGUAACUACGCCUGCCGUCGCAGGGACGCGCUCACGGGACACCUGAGGACUCACUCGGUUGGCAAACCCCAUAAGUGUGGAUACUGUGGUCGCAGCUAUAAGCAGCGCAGCUCUUUGGAAGAGCAUAAAGAACGCUGUCAUAACUACCUGCAAACCAUGAAUAUCUCAAGCAGCCUUUAUUCAGUCAUAAAAGAGGAAACUAACCAGAGUGAAAUGGCUGAAGACCUGUGCAAGAUAGGGUCAGAAAGAUCCCUCGUGCUGGAUAGACUAGCAAGUAACGUCGCCAAACGUAAGAGCUCUAUGCCUCAGAAAUUUGUUGGUGAGAAAUGUCUGCCUGAUCUUCCAUAUGAUGCCACCACCAACUAUGAGAAGGAGAAUGAGAUAAUGCAGACGCACGUUAUAGACCAGGCCAUUAAUAACGCCAUCAGUUACCUGGGGGCAGAGUCCUUGCGUCCCCUUGUCCAGACACCACCAGGUGGUUCUGAGGUGGUGCCCGUCAUCAGCCCCAUGUACCAGCUCCACAAACCUCUCGGGGACAAUCAAGCUCGCUCCAACCAUACAGCUCAGGACAGUGCAGUGGAAAACUUGUUGCUGCUUUCCAAAGCCAAAUCUGUCUCCUCUGAACGAGAUGCCUCUCCCAGCAACAGCUGCCAAGACUCAACAGAUACAGAGAGCAAUAAUGAGGAACGCAGUGGUUUAAUUUACCUGACAAACCACAUAGGUCCCCAUGCAAGAAAUGGCAUCUCUAUAAAAGAAGAAAACAGGCAAUAUGAUGUCUUGAGGGCAGGUACUGACAAUUCCCAGGAUGCUUUCAAAGUGAUCAGCAGCAAUGGGGAGCAAGUGAAAGUUUACAAGUGUGAACACUGUCGAGUCCUUUUCUUGGAUCACGUGAUGUAUACGAUCCAUAUGGGCUGUCACGGGUUCCGCGAUCCUUUUGAAUGCAACAUGUGUGGCUACCAUAGCCAGGACAGGUACGAAUUCUCUUCCCACAUAACUCGAGGGGAGCACCGUUUCCACAUGAGCUAAAACUCCCCCAGCACAGAUCUAGCCUCAACAGCUGCGUUACUGGAGCUGCACGAGCCACGACAGCAACAAAGCACAAGUCAGCUGGACAGCAGAAGUAACAAGAGAAUCAGAAGUUCAGCUAUCU